CCCUUAUCCUUUCAGGUUUCCACUCCUUUCGAGUCUCUUCCCUUUUGUUACAGAGAAACACACUGCAAUGGCAAUUCCAAUGGCAAUGGCGACACCUACAGAUUCCGUCAGUAGAGUCUGGAGCAUGUCUUCUCUCAGAUCAGCUCUUCCUUCCGCCGUAUCUUGCCGAUUACCUUCCUCGUCUUCUCGCCGUCCGGUCACUCUUCGUCUCCCCGUCUCUUCUCCCUCUCUCCCUUCUUUCUCUGGUCUCUCUCCGGUCAACCCUCUACUCUCAAUCGGACUUCCAGAUUGGAAGAGUUUUGAGGAUGGGUUCAAAAUUAUUGAUGGUGGUGGUCGUGUUUACGCCAUGAGACACGGUAGGAGAGUCCCGAAGCUCAAUAGACCACCGGACCAGAGGAAAGCUCUCCUUCGGGGGCUCACGACGCAGCUGUUGAAGCAUGGACGAAUCAAGACUACUCGAGCCAGGGCCAGUGCGAUGAGGAAGUUUGUUGAUAAGAUGAUAACGAUGGCUAAAGACGGUUCUCUCCACAAGCGAAGGCAGGCUCUGGGAUUUAUCUACGAGAAGCAGAUCGUUCACGCCUUGUUCGCUGAGGUUCCGGAAAGAUACGGUGAGAGGAAUGGAGGUUACACGAGGAUCAUCAGAACUCUCCCAAGGCGAGGUGAUAAUGCUCCAAUGGCUUACAUUGAACUUGUUUGAGGUUAUCUAUUUUGUUUUUCUUAUCUUUUUUGUUCAGUGUGUCUCCUUAAAUUGCACAUUUGCUCGACCUUCGAUUUGUAAUGAAUGAUGCAGAUAUGAGAUCGUUUAUUUUUGUUAGUGAGCUUCAAAUUCGACUUGGUAAAA